GUGUGGCUAAAGAAAGAAAUUUCUUGUUAUUUUUAAAGCAGUUUUUUCUUCUGCUUCAACUUGCCUUUUUAGGAAGAACUAGAACAGCAAGCAUCAUCUUUGUCAACUGAAUUGCAGGAGGCAAAAUCAAGUCUGUCCAAAAUGGAGAAAGAUCAUUCGCAAGCAAUUAAUGAACAUAAGACGGUAGUCAAACAGUUGAACAAGAAGACAGAUUCCAGUAUGGAAAGCAUGAAGCAACAGCAUACCGCAGCGAUUUCUAAGGCCACCGACACUAUAGCAGAAUUGGAGACACAGGUCAACCAACUUAAACAAGCUCUACAAGAUUCAGAGUUUCAACGACAGAGGCAGCUUAGGGAGCUAGAAUCUGCCCACAAACAGGAGAAAUUGAAUUUAGAACAUUUACACGAGAAAAAGAUUCGAGGUAUUCAAUCUGAGCUCGAACAAGGCGAGGCAGAAUCGGAGAAGCGGAUGAGAAAGUUGGAAAAUCUUGUCAAAGAACGCGAAGAUCAAAUCCAAAAGCUGUCAGAGGCUCAGAAACAACAAGCUCAACACGCUGAGCAUGCGCUAGAGGAUUUUAAAAGUCAAGUGGAGAGGAAUUCUGGGAGGAUGUUUGAUGAGAUGAAAGCCCAGAUGGAGAAGGUCGAGGAAGACCUGGCUCGCUCAAAGAACCUUCGUGAAAAGCAGGCGAAGGAGUUUAGCCGACAACUGGAUGAUCUUAAAAUCAAACACGAAAAGGAGAUUGCAGAGAUAAACAUUCGUCAUGAACAAGAGAAGGCACAGACUUUAAGAGCGCACCAGAUAGAAAGGGACUCAUCAUUAAAAGAACAAGAACAGGAAAAGGAAAUACAGUUGGAGAAACUUCGUCAAAGAAUGCUUGAACAUGAAAAUCAAACGAGAAACAGAGCAAACAAGGACGCCAAGACUAUCGCUGAGUUGGAGCAACAAGUACGAGAAUUGCGAGAGGAGCUUAUUCAAGCGAAUUCAACGCAUAAAACUCAGUUGAUGGAGCUGAGCCUGUUGAGAGAAGAGGAGAAACAAACGUUCAAGAGACAGGAUGAAAACUCGCAAAUGAAAUUCAAGAGUCAGCUUGAGCAACAGAGAUUACAGUUACAGCGCGAACAUAGCAGCGAAAUGGAACAGAUUCUAGAUAAAACGAACAACAGGAUAAAACAAAUGGAGGAAGAGUAUACAACACGAUCUUCAAAGGGACAUCAGGUUGUAGAGACGCUUGAAGAAGAAAUAAAGAAAUUAAAAGAAGAGAACAACCGCACAAGAACAAACUUGGAAAAGAAGCUUGCUCAGACAACGGCAAAAUACGAAGAAGAGAAAGCGUCGGCGAAAAAGCAUCAUUCUUCAAUUGCUAAGUCUUUGCAGCAAGACGUAGAAACACAAAAAACAAUGGUUCGACAUUUAGAGAAACGAAUUCAACAAGUGGAGCUUGACUCGCAAGAAAAAUUGUCCAGAUUGCGCCUGCAGCAUGAAGAGAAAAUAAAAGGUCUUAUGCCGGCUUCUCUUCGAGAGGACCUUGAGGACACCAUUGAAUCUCUUAGACAGCAGAUCUCAGUGUUACAGUCCCGCACACGGGUGCUACAGGAAGAACUGGAUACCAGAAACCAGUUCUCAUCGUCUUUUAAUGUAUCAUCGGUUCGUGACCAAGAUGAAUCAUAGCAACUGCUGAAGGGACUCGUCGUGAAACAAAAGAGACCUGAAAUUCGUUUCCUAACAAAGCAAAGUGUAUUGUAUGACAAUGUUGUUACUUCGUCUACACUAUACCUACUAGAAGCGCUUUCCUUUUCUUUGACCAUGCCUUUUUACGUGCAAAUCUAUCGCAAGAAGGCGAAUUGUAAUAUAUGUAACGUAAAUAACGAGUGAUUUUACGACUGUAUGAAAUUAAUGUAAUUUAAUCUAUUUUAUAAACCACUGCGUGAAUGA